AUGACUUCAACAGCUAAUGAACAAAAGAUCCAAGAUCUCGAGCAAAGGCUCGAUUCAAGUGUCAAUAGUCCUUUGAUGUCAGAGACCGAUUCCUAUAUCAGCGAGAAACAAGAUAUCGAAGCGAAUAAACCUCGAAAGUCGGAAAAUAUGCCUUCAAUUCGACAAUUCUUAUUGACUCUUAUGGUCUUUUCCCUCCUCACUAUCACCAUCGUUUCUGCCGCUACCACGAACCGAAAUCCAAGAAAUGUAUCACCUCCUUGUAUGGAAGAUCAACAAGCCUUUAGAGAAUUGCUGGAUACUGUUGAACCUGCCAUGUUACAUGAUGUGCUUCACCAACAUAUGACGGAGAAAUAUCAACAUGGCGUUUAUGAAGAUGACAAGGAUGCUUUGGCAGCUGUUUACAGACAGGAACCGGCAGUCGCACAUGCAUUGGUUGAGGCGGCAAAGGCAAAUGCUAUGAUUGAAUUGGCUAAGAGACAAGUUGGAUCAAACUCGACAGCUACUCCGGCUCCAAGUACAACAUCGGCUGCUACUUCGAAUACUGUCGUUACUUCCGAAUCGGCCACGACUUCACCUGCCACAACUUCGGCUCCAGCUACUCCAUCUUCCACAGUGGCCUCUACUACAUCUGUGGCAACGACCCCUACUUCGGUGACAACACCUGCAACUACCUCGCCCACCACCACAGCUCCAGCUUCAACUGCGACUCCAACCACGGCACCAACCACGGCACCAACAACUGCUCCAACAACUGCUCCAACAACUGCUCCAACUACAGCUCCCACUACAGCUCCCACUACUGCACCAACCACCGCAUCAUCGACUCAGGUUAUUACAAGCGAUGGAACUACCACAACUGCAGUGGUACCGGUGACAACAAGUACACCAACAUCUGCGGCAUCUACAAAUUCGGGUAUGUUCAAAAUCGGGUCGACCUCGCGUUCUUUUUCUUCUACUUCUACUUCUACUUUUGCAUUGCCCGUCUUCUUUUUUGUGAAUUCUACUUUUCCUGCUUUUUUGCCUACCAAGAUACCUCACGACUCCUCGACCUCGACUACAGGCUCGCAUCCUGUUACGUCGAUGUCUUUGGAGUCUAGUUCCACGGUAUCGUCUGCGAUUUCCAUAUCUGCAAGUUCAACGAUAUCCCUGGGAGGUCUUCCCGUGCUUCUUAAUGUUAUAAUUUCUAGUUCUACUUCUCUUGGAUAUUCUUCUACAGGAGUGCCUGUUUUUGAUUCCACUUCUGUUGGAUAUCAUCCCCCUUCAUCGAUCCCCGUGUCUGGUCCUGGUUCUAUUUCUGGAAACCAUGGCGCAUCCUUGACUUCGGAGUCCACUUCUAGUUUGGUAGGACAUGAUGAUGUUUCUCUUGUAUUGCCGUUGCCGUUGCCUAUUUCCACUUCCAUUGGAUCUCAGGGUAGCUCCACAACAUCAAUCUCUAAUUCUUUGGUCAACCUUCCGAGCAAUGUUUUUUCUUUAUCAGUUUCUGGCUUAAACUUAUACUCGGAUUCAGGAUCGACUUCUACCACUAGUGCUCAAUCUCAAUCCCAAUCUCAAUCUCAAUCUCAAAGCUCUGCGACUUCUCAAGUGGCUACAUCUACAACAGAAGCUUCCACUUCCGCCCCUCAAACUACUGAAACAUCUUCAGGUACCACUACCUCCGUCCCCGUGACUACAGGAACUUCUACAAGUGAGGCCUCCAUUUCUACCAGAGUAUCCACUUCUCAGGCCACUGCCUCUGGAGCUACUACCUCUGCUGCUACCUCAAGUUCUACUACAGAGGCUUCCAGUGAUAGUGUUUUGUCUACAUUGACUAAUUCUGCGAGCUCUCUUGCUACUGAUUCUUCUUCUAUUGUGGCUGUAACUUCAACAUCUACUAACAUGGCCGAAUCCACAGCUCCUUCAGACGAUACUACUACACAAGCCGCUGAAGCGACCAGCAAAAGAACAACUAGCAGUACUUCUACCAGAGUUUUUACCACGACAUUACCCAAUGGAUCCCUAUCAACAGUCACAUCUGUCACUGUCGUGCCUGCUGUAGUUACUGGAUCUCCCGCUAGUUCUUCCAAGACCUCUACUGGAAGUGCAUCAUUGCAAACCAACAGUGCUGGAAAGAAUAACUUGGGAAUCAACAUGAUUCUCGGUGCCGUCGGAAUGGUGGUUGUUGGUGCAUUAUAA